AUGACGCCUUUUUUGCCGCAGCAUGAGCACCACAGAUAAGGUCAUUUUCGAGGCGUAUGGUUUGCACCAUCGAUAGUUAAGUGGGCUUAUACUUUUAGAAAUGUCGGCGGCUUUAGCAACGGCUGUAACAGCAGCAAAGAGUGCCUUGAGAAGCGAAGUUAGGAAAAAGUUACAGCAGUUAACGCAAGAGGAAAAAGCUCUACAAUCGAAACAUGUUUGCACGAAGCUUCUACGCGGCAAGCUAUAUCGGACAAGCGCGAGGAUUUCGGUAUAUGUCAGCACUGAUUUAGAGGUGAACACAGAGCCCAUCAUCGAACAGGCGCUCAACGAUGGAAAGGAGUGCUUUAUUCCCAGGCAUAAUGAAAACUCUCGCCACAUGGAUAUGGUGAAGCUGGCUUCACUGGCUGAAUACCAUUCGCUGCCCGUGACCAAAUGGGGAAUAAAACAGCUCAGCAUGGCGGAGCACAGAGACGAGGCACUUGCAAGUGGUGGUCUGGACUUGAUUAUUGUGCCUGGUGUGGCCUUCACAAAGAGGGGAGUUCGUUUGGGGCAUGGAAAAGGGUAUUACGACAUGUAUCUCGAGCAAUGUGCAAACAGCUCACAUGGCAGACCUUACAUGGUUGGCCUCAGUUUCAAGGAACAGUUGUAUCCAAAUAUUCCAACUCAUGACCAUGACUUUGUUCUCGAUGAGGUUUUGUUCCCAGAUGAGUAAGGCAGGUUUUGUGUCCUUUGACUUUCGGAGUAAUGGUAGUGACACGUAAAUGGAAUUGAGAUAUUCUUUUUACUUUCAAAGAGAAGGUUCAUUUGUAUGCUCAUGUAUACUUAAGUAUGGGCAGUAGGUAUAUGCAUACAAUUUAUGUACCUUUUGGUAUAUCUUUGGGUGGGUGUUAUCAGUACCGAUGCCAAUGUUCCUAUAUGGAUGCCUUAUACUUUAUACAUUCAUACUGAAUGAGGACAUGCCACUGUUGACACUUUGUAGAAGAACGGACCAAUAAAUUGAUUUACUGUUCGA